CGACCCAGAAGAGGAGCGCUGUGGGCGGCUGUCCGGAGCAGAGCGGGACACCGGAGCAGCAGCUAAAGGCUAAAGCUAAAGGCUAAAGCUAAAGGAUAAUAAAUGAGAUGGAGGAGUUUCUGAGGAGCCGCGGAGCCGCGCUGUCUGGUUCUGGUUCUGGUCCGGUUCACGUGGUUCUGGGAAAUGAAGCUUGUGACAUGGACUCGAUGGUCUGUGCUCUGGUCUACGCCUACUUCCUCCACAAGACUGGUGCGGGGGCGAUGCUCGUGGUCCCGCUCAUGAACAUCCCGGCUCAGGAUUUGGUUCUCAGGUCGGACUCUGUGGCUCUGCUCUCUAAGUCCGGACUAAGUCCAGACCUGCUCCUGUUCAGAGACCAGGUGGAUCUGAGGAGGCUUCAGGGAGAGCGAGGUCUGAGGCUGACGCUGGUGGACCACAACGUGCUGCCAGAUUCUGACAGCGACCUGGAGGGGGCGGUGCUCGAAGUCAUCGAUCACCACAAACUGGAGCGAGUCACUUCCUGUCCCGUUGCCGUGGAGCCCGUCACUUCCUGUUCCGUUGCCGUGGAGCCCGUGGGGUCAUGUGCGACGCUGGUGGCAGAGAGAGUCCUGCAGAGGGCGCCACAGCUGCUGGACGCUCAGAUCGCCACUCUGCUCUACGGGACCAUCCUGGUGGACUGUGUGGACUUGGCUCCUGAGGCGGGGAAAGUGACUCCUAAAGACUCAGAGGUGGUUCUUCAGCUCCAGACCAAAGUCCAGACUCUGCCCCAAAGAUCUGAGCUGUUCACCGAGCUGCAGCAGGCCAAGUUCAACGUCAGCGGUCUGAACUCGGAGCAGAUGUUGUUGAAGGAUCUGAAGUCUGUGUCUGGACCCGACCUGAACCUUGGCAUCAGCGUCCUCUACCUCCCACUACAGGACUUCCUGUGUCGCGCUGACGUGGAGGCGGAGCUCUCGGCCUUCACUCAGAAGAUGGGAUUUGAUUCGCUCCUGCUCAUGUCAAUCUCUUUCACUGCGACCCAGCGACCAAUCAGAGAGCUCGGAGUGUUCAGUCUCAGCCAGCCAAUCAGAGAGCAGGUGAGUCUUUACCUGGAACAGGCAGAAAACCCCGCCCUGGACCUUCGGCCAAUCAGCUGUGUCCAUCCACACGUCACCGCCUUCCACCAAGGAAGUUCUCCAGAGGUUCUUCUGGCUCCUUCUGACUCUGGCUCCUGUGACUCACAUUUGGCUCUUGGGGCUCGUCUCUGUUCUCGCUGCUGUGGCCCUUCACCCGAGACACUGGAUCCUGACAUUUUUUCAUUAUUUUGUUCGUCAGAAAAAUCCUGUUCAUAA